CUCUGAGACAUGGCUGCAGCUUCCCGGGGAGGAGCCCAGGGGCGUCCCCAACACUCAGCAUUUCCCUUCGGACCCUUGGAGAAGAUUCAGCAGCACGACCAGCCCUUUCCACUUCCAUCCCGGAAAGCAGAAUCUGCAAAGUGCCUUUUGUAAAGUUUCUGAAGGGAUCCAUUGCAGCCAAAAUGAAUCCCAGGGAAGAAAAAGUAAAAAUAAUUACAGAGGAGUUCAUUGAAAAUGAUGAGGAUGCAAAUGUGGGAAAGCGGAAGAAGAAUUCAAAGGUGCAAAGACAGCCAAGAAAGAAACAGCCGCCAACCACUGGCCCUGACAAAAUGGUGUCAGAAGAAUCCCACCUUGGCAACCAGCAGGAGCCGGCACAGGACAAGCCCCAGACUCGCCUUCUGAGUGUGACAGCCCGGCGGGGCCCACGCAGCUUACCUCCAAUUCCUUCAGCUUCCAGAAUAGGCUUUGCAGAAUUUUCCAUGAGGGAACGCAUGAGAGAGAAAUUACAAGCAGCAAGGUCCAAAGCAGAAAGUGCAUUGCUACAGGAAAUUCCCACCCCUCGACCUAGGCGCUUACGGAGUCCCAGUGUGAAAGAAUUGGAGACUGAAUUUGGCACAGAGUCAGGUAAAGAGGUAGGAAGCACUCAACAAGAAGAUGAUUCCCAAAGCUAUUCAAGAGUAAAGUUUCAUGUUUCUGCACGAAAAAUCAAGUCUAAACCCCAGGUUCCACCUGGUUUCCCCUCUGCAGAAGAGGCCUAUAAUUUCUUUACUUUCACCUUUGAUCCUGAACCAGAGGAAGCAGAGGAAAAACCAAAACAUCAAGAUGGAACUAACCAAGAGGAGGAGGAAGGGGAGGAAGAGCCACCAGCACAAGAAGGAGCCAACAGAAUGGAUGAGGAAGAGCUGCCUCAUGGUAAAGAUGCUGAGAACUUCCUACUGGGCUUAGAUCACACGGCCAAUGAGUUUCUGGCAGUCAGACCUGCAGAUUAUGAAAGCGUCCAUGUGCGGCUGCAGAGGGAAAAGGAGAUGCUCUUCAUACCCAGUAGGCUGACAGUGCCUACCUAUAAAAAGCUUCCUGAAAAUGUACAGCCCAGAUUCCUGGAAGACGAAGGCCUUUACAUUGGGGAAAGGCCGGAGGUGGCACGCACCAAUCAGAACAUCAUGGAGAACAGACUGCUGACGCAGGAGCCUGGGAGAAGGUGGUUUGGAGAUGAUGGCAGGAUCCUAGCCCUGCCAAACCCCAUCAAGCCGUUUCCUUCGAGGCCCCCAGUGUUAACGCAGGAGCAAAGCAUCAAGACAGAACUUGAAACGUUGUAUAAAAAGGCAGUGAAAUAUGUCCACCGUAGUCAGCAUAUGAUUGGAUCUGGAGACCCUUCUGGAAAUUUCCAACUGGACAUUGAUAUUUCAGGGUUAAUCUUCACUCAUCAUCCCUGUUUUAGCCGAGAGCAUGUUUUGGCAGCCAAGCUGGCCCAGUUAUAUGAUCAGUACCUUGCAAGACACCAGAGAAACAAGGCAAAGUUUCUUACUGAUAAGCUUCAAGCUCUAAGAAAUGCUGUUCAGACUGGCCUUAAUCCAGAAAAACCUCAUCAGUCUCUUGAUAUGAUCCAAAAAACCAUCAAUGAAUAUAAAUCUGAAAUUCGACAAACUAGAAAACUGCGGGAUGCUGAACAAGAAAGAGAUCGAACAUUGCUUAAGACCAUCAUUAAAGUUUGGAAGGAGAUGAAAUCCCUUCGAGAGUUCCAGAGGUUUACCAAUACGCCCUUGAAACUUGUUUUGAGAAAGGAAAAAGUUGACCAGAAAGCAGAUGAAGAAGCAUAUGAAGCAGAAAUUCAAGCUGAAAUAAGUGAAUUGUUGGAAGAGCACACAGAGGAAUAUGAACAGAAGAUGGAAGAGUACAGAACAUCGUACCAGCAGUGGAAAGCCUGGAAGAAAGCCCAGAGGGCCAAGAAGAAGAAAAAGAAACAAGCAACAGAAGAACAUCCCGAGGAAGAGACUGAGGAGCCGUAUCCUGAGGAGGAUCCUGUGAAGCCCACCCCUCCGGAGCCCACUGAUCAGGCAGCGAUAGAGCAGCAGGUGAGGGAGAGAGCAGCGCAGAGCAGGAGGAGGCCUGGAGAGCCCACGCUGCUCCCAGAGCUGAGCCUGGCGGGGAGUGUGACCCCCAACGACCAGUGCCCCAGGGCAGAGGUCUGGCGAAGGGAAGAUGUAAAGAGGCGCUCAGUGUACUUAAAGGUGCUCUUCAACAACAAGGAGGUGUCCAGGACGGUCAGUCGGCAACUAGGGACAGACUUCCGAGUUCACUUUGGUCAGAUUUUCAAUUUGCAAAUAUUCAACUGGCCGGAGAGUUUAACACUUCAGGUCUAUGAAACUGUUGGACACAGUAGUCCCACCUUGCUAGCAGAAGUAUUUCUGCCUAUUCCUGAGACUACCGUUGUUACUGGAAGGGCUCCGAUUGAAGAAGUGGAGUUCAGCAGUAAUCAGCAUGUGACACUGGACCACGAGGGAGUUGGAAGUGGAGUGCCCUUCUCAUUUGAAGCUGAUGGCAGUAAUCAGCUGAUUUUGAUGACCUCAGGGAAAGUGUCCCACAGUGUGGCAUGGGCCGUUGGAGAAAAUGGGAUACCUUUAAUUCCUCCACUGUCACAGCAGAACAUUGGAUUUCGGAGUGCUUUGAAGAGAGCAGAUGCCAUCUCAUCUAUUGGCACAUCAGGAGUGACAGACAUGAAAAAGUUGGCCAAGUGGGCAGCAGAGUCCAAGCUGGACCCAAAUGACCCCAACAAUGGCCCUUUGAUGCAGCUAAUCUCGGUUGCUACAAGUGGUGAAUCCUAUGUCCCUGAUUUCUUUCGACUGGAACAGCUGCAACAGGAAUUUAAUUUUGUUUCAGAUGAAGAAUUGAAUAGAUCCAAACGAUUCAGGCUUCUUCAUCUUAGAAGCCAACAGGUGCCAGAAUUCCGAAAUUAUAAGCAAAUUCCAAUAUAUGACCGAGAAAUUAUGGAAAAGGUAUUCCAGGACUAUGAGAAACGGUUACGAGACAGAAAUGUAAUUGAAACCAAGGACCACAUAGACACCCAUAGGGCCGUAGUAGCCAAGUACCUCCAGCAGGUUAGAGAAUCAGUGAUAAAUCGUUUCUUAAUUGCAAAACACCAUUUUCUUCUUGCUGAUUUGGUAGUAGAAGAAGAAGUUCCCAAUAUCAGCAUUUUGGGCCUAAACCUUUUCAAGCUGGCUGAACAAAAGCGACCACUGAGGCCAAGGAGAAAAGGUCGGAAGAAGGUGACAGCCCAAAACCUGUCUGAUGGAGACAUAAAGCUGUUGGUGAAUAUAAUCCGGGCUUAUGACCUUCCAGUGAGGAAGCCAACAGCAAGCAAAUUCCAGCAGCCAUCGAGGUCUUCAAGGACAUUCAGGGAAAAGCAUGCUGCUUCCCCAGACACACGCAGCCCCACCCACAGUGCUGACUACCCCCUCGGCCAGGUUUUAGUACGUCCUUUUGUAGAAGUCUCUUUUCAACGAACGAUUUGCCACACAACUACAGCUGAAGGACCAAACCCCAGUUGGAAUGAAGAACUUGAACUUCCAUUUAGGGCCCCUAACGGGGAUUAUAGCACAGCCAGUCUGCAGUCAGUAAAAGACGUUGUAUUCAUUAAUAUUUUUGAUGAAGUACUAUACGAUGUCUUAGAGGAUGACCGGGAAAGAGGAAAUGGAAUCCAUACCCGCAUUGAGAGACACUGGCUGGGAUGUGUGAAAAUUCCAUUUAGCACAAUAUAUUUCCAAGCAAGGAUUGAUGGAACAUUUAAAAUAGAUAUUCCCCCAGUUCUUCUGGGCUACAGUAAGGAGCAAAACAUGAUUAUUGAGCGGGAUUUUGAUUCUGUCCGAAGCUUAAGUGAAGGAUCCUACAUUACCCUGUUUAUUACCAUUGAGCCUCAGUUGGUUCCUGGAGAGUCCGUUCGAGAAAAGCAAUUCCUUGAUCUCCUGGCAGGAGAUGAAGAAGAACAUGCAGUAUUACUAUGUAAUUAUUUUCUGUUCCUGGGUAAGAAGGCCUGGCUGGUGAUAGGCAAUGCUAUUCCUGAGGGUCCAACUGCCUAUGUACUAACUUGGGAGAAAAGUCAUUAUUUCAUAUGGAAUCCCUGCAGUGGACAUUUUUAUGGACAAUUUGAUACAUUCUGUCCCUUGAAAAAUGUAGGCUGUUUAAUAGGUCCUGAUAAUAUUUGGUUUAAUAUUCAACAAUAUGAUUCUCCACUAAGGAUAAAUUUUGAUGUUACCAAGCCCAAGCUGUGGAAAUCUUUCUUUUCAAGAAGCCUUCCAUAUCCUGGCCUUUCCAGUAUUCAGCCUGAAGAGCUAAUUUACCAGAACACAGACAAAGUAGCUGCAGCUGAGCUACAAGACAGGAUUGAAAAAAUACUAAAAGAAAAAAUCAUGGACUGGAGGCCACGCCAUCUGACCCGGUGGAAUAGGUACUGUACCUCCACUCUGCGUCAUUUCUUGCCUCUGCUAGAAAGUAGUCAAGGGGAAGAUGUAGAAGACGAGCACAGAGCAGAACUGCUGAAACAGCUGGGAGACUACAGGUUCUCUGGAUUUCCCCUUCACAUGCCUUAUUCUGAGCUGAAGCCUUUAAUUGACGCUGUGUAUAGCACUGGAGUACAUAACAUUGAUGUUCCUAAUGUUGAAUUUGCUUUAGCUGUGUACAUACAUCCAUAUCCCAAAAACGUUUUGUCUGUUUGGAUCUAUGUGGCCUCCCUCAUACGCAACAGGUAA